AUGAGAAGAAACUUCACCUCAGUGACUGAGUUCAUUCUACUCGGACUGACCGAUCACCUGGAACUGCAGAUUCUCCUCUUCCUGCUGUUUCUGGCUAUUUACGUGGCCACAGUGGCUGCGAACCUGGGCAUGAUUGUACUCAUCCAGGUCAAUGUCCGGCUCCACACACCCAUGUACUUUUUCCUGAGCCACUUAUCUUUUGUGGAUCUGUGCUUCUCCUCCAAUGUGACCCCAAAGAUGCUGGAGAUUUUCUUGUCCGAGAAGACCACCAUUUCCUAUUCUGCUUGUCUGAUGCAGUGUUACCUUUUUAUAGCCUUGGUCCACGUGGAAAUCUAUAUCCUGGCUGUGAUGGCCUUUGAUCGGUACAUGGCCAUCUGCAACCCUCUGCUUUAUGACAUUAAAAUGUCCAAGAGCAUGUGCAUGUCCCUCAUCACAGUGCCUUAUGUGUAUGGAGCACUCACUGGGCUGAUGGAGACCAUGUGGACCUACAGCCUGGCCUUCUGUGGCUCCAAUGAGAUUAAUCACUUCUACUGUGCUGACCCACCCCUGAUUAAGCUGGCUUGCUCUGACACCACCAACAAAGAAACAUCAAUGUUUGUUGUGGCUGGAUGUAACCUUUCCUUUUCUCUCCUCAUCAUCCUGAUUUCUUAUCUUUAUAUUUUUCCUGCUAUCUUGAGAAUUCGUUCCACAGAAAGCAGGCGCAAAGCUUUCUCUACUUGUGGCUCUCACCUGACAGUUGUUAUUAUAUUCUAUGCAACACUCUUCUUCAUGUAUCUUAGACCCCCUUCAAAGGAAUCUGUGGAACAGGGGAAAAUGGUGGCUGUAUUUUAUACCUCAGUAAUCCCCAUGUUAAACCCCAUGAUUUAUAGCCUUAGAAAUAAAGAUGUGAAGGAAGCAUUUGCCAGAGAGCUGUUAAGGAAAAACAUAUUUCCCUAG